GCGGGCACUGGGCGAGCGCGGGGGGCGCUGGUGUGCCAGCUGCUGCGUUGUCUUGCCUGCAGCUCCGCCCGCUGCGGCGAAUGCGGCUCGGACCCGGGCCGUGGCGGGAGGGAAGAUGCCACAGCCCGAGUCCCGAAAGGCCGGGGUCCUGCGCUGCCGGCGUCGGGGAAACUGAAAAUGGCCCUUCAGCUAUGCUAGGUCUAUAAUGGGAAGUGUCACAGUUCGAUAUUUCUGUUAUGGAUGCCUUUUUACAUCUGCAACCUGGAUGGUUUUGCUUUUUGUUUAUUUCAACUUCAGUGAAGUGACUCAGCCACUUAAGAAUGUGCCCAUCAAGGGGUCUGGGCCCCAUGGACCAUUCCCCAAAAAAUUUUAUCCCCGUUUCACUCGAGGUCCAAGUCAAGUGUUAGAAUCACAGUUCAAAGCAAACAAAAUUGAUGAUGUGAUAGAGAAUCAUAUUGAAGAUCCAGAAAGAGGCAACAUGAAAUUCUCUUCUGAACUGGGUAUGAUUUUUAAUGAACGUGAUCAGGAGUUGAGAGACUUGGGGUAUCAGAAACAUGCCUUCAAUAUGCUUAUUAGUAACCGCUUGGGCUACCAUAGAGAUGUGCCAGAUACAAGGAAUGCAGCAUGUAAAGACAGGUCUUACCCGCCAGAUCUGCCAGUCGCUAGUGUUGUUAUUUGUUUCUACAACGAAGCCUUUUCUGCCUUGCUCCGGACCGUGCAUAGCGUCCUAGACCGCACGCCAGCCCGGCUUCUUCACGAAAUUAUCCUUGUGGACGAUGACAGUGACUUCGAUGACGUGAAAGGAGAACUAGAUGAAUACAUCCAAAAACACCUCCCUGGAAAGAUUAAAGUAAUAAGAAAUACAAAACGUGAGGGGUUGAUUCGAGGAAGAAUGAUUGGAGCAGCCCACGCAACAGGAGAAGUCCUGGUGUUCCUGGACAGCCACUGUGAGGUGAAUGUGAUGUGGCUGCAGCCCCUGCUGGCUGCCAUCCGGGAGGACCGGCAAAUGGUGGUGUGCCCGGUGAUCGACAUCAUCAGCGCUGACACGCUGGCCUACAGCUCGUCCCCUGUGGUGCGGGGAGGGUUCAACUGGGGGCUGCACUUCAAAUGGGACCUCGUUCCCCUUUCUGAGCUCGGAGGAACAGACGGAGCUACUGCACCAAUAAAGUCACCUACAAUGGCUGGAGGAUUGUUUGCCAUGAACAGAAACUAUUUCAGUGAACUUGGGCAGUAUGACAGUGGCAUGGAUAUCUGGGGAGGAGAAAAUUUAGAAAUAUCAUUCCGGAUUUGGAUGUGUGGAGGUAAGCUCUUCAUCAUCCCUUGCUCUAGAGUUGGACACAUUUUCCGGAAAAGGCGACCAUAUGGUUCUCCAGAGGGCCAGGACACCAUGACACACAACUCCUUGCGGCUGGCACAUGUUUGGUUGGAUGAAUAUAAGGUGAGAUUAAAUCUCUCACCGAGAAGGAUGGAUGAUAAGGAGCAGUAUUUUUCCUUAAGACCUGAUCUGAGAACCAGAAGCUAUGGAAAUAUCAGUGAGCGUGUUGAAUUGAGGAAGAAGUUGGAUUGUAAAUCAUUUAAAUGGUAUUUGGAUAAUAUUUACCCAGAGAUGCAGAUAUCUGGUCCCAAUGCCAAACCCCAGCAACCCAUUUUUAUCAAUAGAGGGCCAAAACGCCCCAAAGUCCUCCAACGUGGAAGGCUCUAUCACCUCCAGACCCACAAGUGUCUGGCGGCCCAGGGCCGCCCAAGUCAGAAGGGAGGCCUAGUGGUGCUUAAGGCGUGUGACUACAGUGACCCAAAUCAGAUUUGGAUUUAUAAUGAAGAGCACGAAUUGGUUUUAAAUAAUCUCCUUUGCCUGGAUAUGUCAGAAACUCGCUCAUCAGACCCACCACGACUCAUGAAGUGCCAUGGGUCAGGAGGAUCCCAGCAGUGGACCUUUGGGAGGAAUAAUCGGCUGUACCAGGUGUCAGUUGGACAGUGCCUGAGAGCGGUCGAUCCACUGAGUCGCAGAGGCUUUGUUGCCAUGGCCAUCUGUGAUGGCUCCUCCUCACAGCAGUGGCAUUUGGAAGGUUAAGGUGGAUGCUGUGGCUGGAACGGUGAUUGGUCAUGUUUGUCCUCAACAUGGAGAUGCCUGGGACACUAGCAGAGGUGAGACAGCAGACACAGUAGAGGUCGCAGCCCCGAGUGACCAUCGGGAGGUGAAGAAGUAUGGUUCACCAAGAGGUUCAGGUCAUUUCUCAACUGCUGUUAAGGAAUUUCUUACUUAUGGUAGGAAACCAGAAUGCAGUUUUAACUCUAAAGAGUCAGGUUUGUAUAGAAGGAUAAAGCCCAGGAAAUUGACAUGUCUAUUCAAAUUUAUUUAUGCUUCCUUUUAAUCCCCUUAAAUAACGGAGUGGCGUUUAUCUGAUCAGGAACUUGUCAUGAUUUCCUCUCUUAGAAGAUGUUGUAGAUGACAGUUAAUUUUUUUUAAAUUUCUAAUACCAUGUUCUAAAUAGUUUUAAAUAAACUGAUUGAAUCCACAUUACAUUUAACUUCAGAAGGCAUCAUUUAUAAGAUUAUAUU